AUGUCAUCCCGCCACCAGGCAGACAACAAAUGGAAUUUGUCUCAAUCGUCAGCAUCUGCCACGAAUAAGAAAGCAUACAGACGCGCUGCCGUUCAGCUUGCCGUUGAAGUGUAUCCUCGAAACCGCCCCCAAGAACGGCGGGGUCCCAUACCUGUCAUCCAAUAUCUCGAUUCAGAAGGUAGGAAACGAAGUGGUAAGUGUGUACAACUCGAUGCUGACUCCCAACUUACGUCCGCCGUCCAAUGA